CCAUCAUUAUGUUCAACGACGAACCAGCCUCCGUCAUCGACAUUGUCCGACAUCGAGCCGAGCUGUCCCGAAGGAUGGAGCCGACUUGGACAAAAAUGCUUUAAAGCUUAUAAUACGGAGAAAAGCUGGUCACAGGCACUCUUAAUGUGCUCCAGGUAUGGUGCUCAUUUGGCACGAAUCGAGACACCACGUGAGAAUAAAUUUAUCGCUUCAAUGUUAUCACGUCCUGGAAGGAGCACACAACAUGAGGCUUGGAUAGGUCUCGCUUCACAGCAACAGUCAGAAGACGUUGCGUUUAUAUGGAGCGACGGUGUACCAGCGAGUAGAUACGUAGGAUUCUGGAAAGAAUCGCAACCGAACCAUAAAGCUGGGAGCUGCGCCAUGGGAACACUGUCCAAAUCGGACCUGGAAUGGAGUCUGGAGCGAUGCAACAUUUUGCGACCGUUUGUUUGCGAGUUGCCAGCCUGUGUACGAGGCUCAUUUUUCUGUGCAAUCGGCGGAUGUGUACCAGAGUCACGGCGUUGUAACGGUGUUGACGACUGUGGUGAUCUCAGUGAUGAGCUAAACUGUCCAGCAUCGCACUCCGAUUUGGCCUGCUUACAGUAUGAGAAGGGUGAAUCCGGGAAAUUUUCGACCCCAAACUAUCCGUCAUCAUACAAAGGCAACGCCAACUGUCGAUGGGUGAUAGAAGCACCGAUCAAUAGUCGAAUCCAGCUGACUUUUGACGUGUUCGAGACUGAAGAGUUUGUGGACAUCGUAACGGUGCUUGAUGGCGGCCCUGCCGAAAACAGCACUACUGUGUUGGCAACACUUUCGGGAACGAGGAGUGAUAAGUUCGUCGUCACCUCGUCGACAAACAUGAUUAUCGUUCGCUUCAGAAGUGACGCCGCAAUUCAAGCACGAGGGUUUCAGGCUCAAUGGAGAGCCAUACCUUUCUCAUGCGGUGGUGUGCUGACGGCACAAGCUUUUGGUCAAACGUUCUCGUCACCACAUUACCCAACUAAAUACCCACUCGGCGCCGAAUGUGUUUGGUCAAUUCAAGCUCCAAAGUCACAGUUAAUUACUUUGAGUAUUGAGGAUGUCUCAUUGUCUUCGGAAGACGCUCUGUUGAUUUAUGACGGCUCAUCACCCUCUUCACCUGUUCUUGCCAGGCUAUCGGGUAACACUAACAUUACUGAAUACUUGGUGACGACGCAAAGCAACGUGUACGUCUACUUCCUGUCAAGCUCCACAGGAAGAGGACGAGGAUUUUCGAUCGGAUAUAAGCGUGGUUGCGACGUCACUUUGCGGCAACCUUGGGGAACACUGCUGUCACCUGGAAGUACGAAAGUUCCUUAUCCUCCUGGCGUCCUCUGCACCUAUACCAUGGAGCUUCCCGAGGCAUAUUUAGACCAGGCGCUCAGUAUUCAUUUCAAUCGAUUCGACAUUGCUGGAGAUGACUAUGUCAAGGUUUACGAAGGCUCCACCAGAGGUAGGGCGCUGCAUGAAGGCGCUGGUUUCAACAAUGAUCAACGUCCACCAGCACAGCUGGUUUCGAGAUUAAGUAAGGCUCAAAUCGUCAUGAUGAGCAACGCCGUCAGACAGGCGAUGGGUUUCAAUGUGACUUACUCGCUCAAUUGCCCUACCUUGAAAACUCCUCCUUUGGUAUCGUUGUCAACGAAGGUUGCCACUUAUGGAACCAAGGUCGUUGUUUCAUGUCCUCCUGGUUUUGAGUUUGCGUCUGGUCGAGGACGAGCAUUCGAUGUGCAUUGUCAAUUAGGAGGCAAAUGGACAGAAAACAGUCUCCCCAACUGUCAACCUGUUUAUUGUUCGGCAGUGCCGCAGAUUGCAAACGGUUACGCUGAGUCGGCUACAAAUGUUUCCUACGGUGGUGUCGCCAAGUAUUCGUGCUACAAAGGCUUCUCGUUUUCAUCUGGCAACUCCAUAGAAGAAAUUCAUUGUGGAAUUGACGGUAAUUGGACGCCGUCGCCGAGCUGUAGAGCUGCGAUGUGCCCUGCUCUAUUGCCGUUCGCCAAUGGAGACCGUCGGCUUGAAUUCGGUGACGGAACUGGUUACGGGACCGUGUUCCGUUUUGAAUGCCACCCAGGAUACCGGCGUGAAGGUGCAGCCACAUUGUUAUGUAAAACUGAUGGACAGUGGUCGUUCGAGCAACCGAAAUGCAUCAAGCUGACGUGUUCGUCCUCCCCGAAGAUUAUUAAUGGACGCCUGAGUCUACCGCAACCUUUCAAAUUCGGUGAUGCUGCACGUGUUCAUUGUGAUGCCGGAUUCCGAGCUGAUGGACCGGAAGAAGUAAAAUGUCUAGCCAACCAGUCCCUAUCCACCGUUCCGUCAUGUCGAGAUGUAGACGAAUGCGCUGAAGGCUUGGCUCAGUGUCAAGAAGCUUCAACGAAAUGUAUGAACCUUCCCGGAGGAUACACUUGCCAGUGCUUGAGUGGUUUCCAACCACAGUUAGUUUGCCCAUCCCCUUCGGUCUUGACUGUUUCAUCAAUGGUCACAUCGUCCGAAUUUGUGCUCCCUUCCGUGCUGUCGACGGUUGGUUGGUGCGCCGCGAACUCUGACAGCCAAAAAUCUGUUACCUUACACUUUACCGUUCCAAAAGUAAUUGAGAAAAUAAGGUUCCAUAAGAUGGUUGAGGGAGAAGUCACUUCAAUCCGAAUCCGUUAUAGUGACGAGGAAGGACUUCCUCUUCGAGAACUAUCUGUUGAUGGAAAAGAUGAGUUUGCUGUUAGCCCUUCGUCCUCCGGUGACGUUUUCGAACUCCCAUACACCAUCGAAUCCCGCAUUUUACAAAUCUCCAUAGCUUCGUUCAAGGCUGGAGCAUGUAUGAAAAUCGAGCUUCUCGGCUGCCAGAAGUCUUCCUGUGUUGACAUUAACGAGUGUAUGAAGGAUAACGGUCAUUGUGACCAAAUCUGUGUCAAUAAGCAAGGUUCAUACAAGUGUGCCUGUCGCGAAGGCUAUGAUUUGUUUACUGUAAAUGGACAAGGUGGAGUUGAGUUGAAAGAAGGGGAGACGGGUGAACACCCACUGGAUGUGAUCAAGUACAACAAGACCUGUAUUCCACGUUCAUGCCCCGAAAUUCAUUCACCAGAAAAUGGAAAGCUGUUGAGCACACUGAAGAAAUUCAGUUAUCCCAUGUCGGUUCAAUUCCAGUGUGACUUCGGUUACCAGAUGAUGGGACCUAAUUUCCUCCAGUGCCUUGCGGACGGUUCCUGGAACGGCACCACACCGUUUUGUUUGCCAGCCACAUGUCAAGGAUUGAAGAAUAACUCGGCUGUUGGUUUGUUUGUAUCACCGGAGAAUAGCACCAUUGCCUAUGGUCAAAAUGUUUCUAUAGUUUGCACACAACAGAAUAGGCCUGCGCGGACUUCACCACUGGCGUCUUUCCGAGAAUGCAUUUUUGAUCCCCAACCGGACGGUAGGGAAUACUGGCUGUCAGGCCCUGCGGCCGAAUGCCCAUUUGUGGACUGUGGACCUCCUCCUGUUCUUGCUGGUGCAAUUUACGAAGGUGAUCAUAACAGUUACAAGGUAGGAUCUACGCUCACAUUCACUUGUCGUCCGCCAUACUCACUGGUUGGUAAAUCGUCAGCUGGUGACAUGAGUGUACGUUGUGGUGUUGACGCAUCAUGGGAUCUCGGAGAUUUACGCUGUGAAGGAUAUCGUCCAUUCCCGUCGGCGUCGAUACAAUGUGCACUUGGUGCCGCUUGUGUUCUCAGCGAAGAUGUUGGAAUUUCGUCAGGAUUCAUUCCAGAUGGAGCCUUUUCCGACAAUUCUGACAACACCAAUUGGGGUUAUGAACCUCAUAAGGCACGACUCUCAUCAACCGGAUGGUGUGGCUCCAAGGAUGCAUUCAUCUUCUUAAGUGUGGAUCUGCAAAGAAUCUAUACUUUGACAACAUUACGUAUGGCUGGUGUAGCUGGUAGUGGCUAUCUAAGAGGACAUGUGACGAAAAUGCAGCUAUUCUACAAAACGCAGUUCAGCCAGAACUAUGAUACUUACCCAGUUGAAUUCGAAACACCGUCCGGAAACCACAAUGCGAUGCAUCAAUUCGAGUUAACGCCACCCCUUCGUGCUCGGUACAUACUGCUUGGUGUAGCAGAAUAUGAAGGAAGUCCAUGCAUUCGUUUUGAUCUGUUGGGAUGUUUGGCUCCGAUGACACUUUCGCAUGAGAUCCCACCGCAUCUACAAGUCGGAUGGAAUGGAUCUGUACCACAGUGUAUGGAUGCUGAACCUCCUUCGUUCCGAAAUUGUCCUCUGAACCCGAUAUUUGCGGAAACAGAUGAGAAUGGGCAAAUUAAACCGGUCCGUUACGAGGAGCCGAAGGCUGAGGACAACAGUGGAAGGAUAGCUUACAUGCGAGUAGAACCCACUGGUUUCACAUCAGGACGUCUGAUUACCUCCGAUAUUGAUGUUGUCUAUACGGCAUUUGACGAUGCUGGAAACUCCGCGGAAUGUGUGGUGAAGCUUCGAAUACCUGAUACCAUACCGCCUGUGAUGAAAUGUCCAGAUUCCUAUUCUUUGGCUGCCUUCGAACCAAAAAUGCGAGCUGUUUUCAAUAUAACCACCGUACCGAUGGUCAUACAGGAUAUUUCGAAUAUUACUGAGGUGGUCUUCAAUCCUGCUGAAGCGGUUCUUGAGCCUGGAGACUUUGUUGAAGUUGAAGUGACAGCGACUGAUGCGCUGGCAAAUCGAAAUCAGUGCAAGUUCCAGGUCGCUUACAUGCCCCAGCCAUGUUCACCGGAGUCGUUGUCAUCUGCGCAGCACGUUGUAAAAACAUGCUCGAAAAAGGAAGAUGUGAUGACCUGCAUUAUUUCUUGUGAAAAGGGAUACAGAUUUGUGGAUGAAGAGAAGGUAGUGAAAGAGUUCACAUGCGAAUCAGGUCGCUGGUCUCCUUCUGGCAUCGCUCAAGCAUGUGUACCAAUCUCUCGGGAACCAGCUCGUUACGAACUGAAUGUGGAUAUCAGUUAUCCGAGCACGUCACCUGUCCCAGAGCAUUGCCUUAAGGGUUAUGCAUCUCUAGCAGCCGCAUCCUUUGAUCCACUAGACGAGGUGCUCAGCCAGAGAUGCUCCAGCUCAGUACAAGUCUUUGUAAGAUUCCUUGACGCGGAAUUUGUGAAUCAGAAAGGCAUGGUUAACGGCAACUAUACCAUCCAGAUUUUACCGACAGUAUUGCAAGGUGUUUUCUACGAUCUUUGUGGUCUCACACUCAGAACAAUAUUUGAUCUCCGCAUUCCUGGUGCCACCACCCCAAUCCGCAACCUUCUUUUACUAAAUGGAGAAUCGAUCCCAUCUCAAGGCCUCGGUUGUCCCCAGUUGACUGCCUCUAAGUCAUCCAUAAGUCAAGGAUUCGGUUGUGUCGAUGGUGAGGUGCUGCGUCAAGGGGAUGAUCAACUUCCUGAAUGCUUGCCUUGCCCCGUCGGCUCGGUCAAUGUGAACAACACAUGCGUUCGAUGUCCACUGGGUUCAUAUCAAGAUGAAGCCGGGCAACUGGCUUGCAAGGCCUGUCCGGAUGGGACAUUCACUCAGUACCAGGCUAUCUGCGGCAAUGGUAUGUACAGUCAAACCGGAUUGGUUCCUUGCCAACUGUGCCCGCGUCACUCCUUCUCUGGGCCGCCUGUGGCUGGAGGUUUCAAGAAGUGCACAGCAUGCCCGAGUGGCACCUACACUGCUCGACUUGGUUCCAGUGGCCCAUCCCAUUGCAAGCAGCCUUGUCAGCCAGGCACCUUCAGCCUAUCAGGGCUAGAACCGUGCUCUCCAUGUCCUUUGCAUCACUACCAGCCAGCUCUUGGGCAGCAGCGAUGUAUCCAGUGCUCAAAUCACACUGCCACAUCAAGUGAAGGCCAAAGUGCUGAAUCAGCCUGUGAAGCGGUUGAUUGUGCGGCAAAACAAUGCGAGAAUAAAGCCGAAUGCGUUGUACGCGAUCAUCGCGCAGUAUGUGAAUGCCGUCCUGGAUUCGUUGGUGAACGGUGCGAGUCAAUCGAGCCAACUUCACCGGAUCCCGAUGCCAGUUCGGAAUGGAUGAGUGUAUUGGCGUGUCGUGCCCUAAUGGCGGCGUUUGCCAUGACUUACCAGGACUUGGAACUACUAAGUGUUUGUGCAGAACCGGUUUCUCUGGACCGGAUUGUAAAGAAAUUGAGGAUAUUUGUUCAUCAGCUAACCCAUGCCGCAAUGGUGCUGAUUGCAUUCCAUCUCAACUGGGCAGAUUCAAAUGUAAAUGCCUACCAGGAUGGGAAGGUCCUACUUGUGAGACCAAUAUAG